AUGACUUUGCGACAAAUUUCUAGCCUUGCCUUUUUGGUGGCGAGCGUAACUUGCCACAUGCGUCUGCAUGAUCCGGCCGGUCGCGCGAGUUUGUACUGGUACCCAGAAUUUGGAUACCUCAAUCCAGAACUAUGGGUAUUGGAUGACGCACUUUGGUGUGCUAACGUCCCUCAAUUUGAAAAUGACACGCGCUGUGGGGUUUGCGGGGAUCCAGUGAACGACCCUAUCCCAAGACAUAACGAAUACCGAGGCCGAUAUUGGAGAGAUGUCCGUGUCCGCACUUACUCUUCUGGAGCGACAGUCCCAGUGACCAUCGAUUUUACCGCACCCCAUGGCGGGAGAUGGGAAGUUCAGUUGUGUGACCGCGUCCCAGAAACUGAGGACUGCUUCCAAUCCCUUCUUCUAGACAAUGGACAAACCUAUUGGGACUUUCCUUUAGGAAUAGAAUAUCCUCAAGGCUUCCUCACCAUGGUGAAACUUCCAGAUGGCGUAACUUGUGAUAAUUGUGUCAUGCGAGUACAUUGGCGCUGUGUCCAGAACUGGGGGACUUGUGAUGACUCGGCGACUUGUGAAUGCAUCCCGGAUUCUGGAAACCCUCCAGGAGGGAUGGGUUGCGGUGCACAACAAACUUUCAGAGCAUGUGCUGACAUCAAAAUUCAGUAA